UUUGGCGCCGGGCCCGGUUCCAGCAUGUCCGAGACCUACGAUUUCCUCUUCAAGUUCCUGGUGAUCGGCAGCGCCGGGACGGGCAAGUCGUGUUUGCUGCAUCACUUCAUCGAGAGCAAGUUCAAGCAGGACUCCAACCACACCAUCGGGGUGGAGUUCGGCUCCAGGGUGGUCUCCGUGGGCGGGAGGACGGUGAAGCUGCAGAUCUGGGACACGGCCGGACAGGAGCGCUUCAGGUCCGUUACCCGCAGUUAUUACCGGGGGGCCGCGGGGGCUCUGCUCGUCUAUGACAUCACCAGCCGUGAGACGUACAACUCGCUGUCCCACUGGCUGUCGGACGCUCGCACCUUGGCCAGCCCCAACAUCGUCAUCGUCCUGUGCGGGAACAAACGGGACCUGGAGCCUGACAGGGAGGUCACAUUCCUGGAGGCGUCCAGAUUCGCCCAGGAAAACGAGCUGAUGUUCCUGGAGACGAGCGCGCUGAGCGGGGAGAACGUGGAGGAGGCGUUCCUGAAAUGCGCCAGGACCAUCCUGGGCAGGAUCGACGCCGGAGAGCUGGAUCCUGAACGGAUGGGCUCCGGGAUCCAAUACGGGGACUCCUCCCUUCGGCAGCUCCGGCAGCCCCGGGGGGGAAACCUCGGCCAGCCCCGACCGCCCUGCGGGUGCUGAGACCCCAAAAUACACCCAAAAUGGACCCAAAAACAGGAGCUGCUGCCUCGUUCUGGACCCCCAAAAAAAUCUCCCUCUGGAAUUUUACAACAAUUUUGGGUUGAAUUUCCCUCGUUUUGGGUAAAAAAAAAACCCUGAGGGGAAGGGGGAGGUCC